AUGAAUAAAGUACAAAUAUUAAAAGAACAUGUGGUCAAUAGUAAUUUUUUUUUAAGUCGUAUGUUUUCAUCUACAAUUAAUUUGUUAAAAUCAUCAAAUUUAAAUAAAGCAUAUAAAAACAAAAUUAUAGAAGAAAGAGAACAUUUUAUAAAAAUAAAUAACACAGGAUAUAAAAUAGUAACACAUAAGAAUGAAUCCUUGUUUUUAAACGAUAAUAUUUUUAUUUAUAAUUUAAAUCAAAAUACAAAUGAAAAUUUAAGUAAUGGAAAUGAGGAAAGAAAAGUAUUACAUUUUUGGAAUAGGAGUCCUGGGGCUAGAUACCCUAAGAAGGCAAAUAAUGGAGCACGCCCAGAUUGUCGAUCAGUGAGAAAAAUUAGAAAGAGACUAAAAACAGGUAAAUGA